AGAGGCUAGAUUGCCACCGAACCGGAAAUGUUAAUCACGCCUGCCAUUUUGGAGUCUCAAUGCCACUCUAAUAUGUGUUAUUUCCAUUUUGUCCUUAAUGAAUAUUUUUUAUUUAAUUAAUUAUUAGAAAUUAAAACGAAAAAAAAACAAAAAGCAAAAAAAAUGGAAGCAGCGAGAACUCCGCCAUCUUCUUCUUCCGAAGAUAAAUCUCCUUCAUCCAAACGCCCAAAGUUGGGAGAUGGCGGCGGCGCUUCUAUCGAGAACAGUGAACCUCCAACCUCCGGAGAAGCCAAGAUUGCGGCGGAACCACCACCACCACCUGUUGCGAAAGACAAUGAAAACGGUGAUGGAAGUGGCACUAGAAUGGGAGAGAACCAGCAAAUUUGUGAUGCAGACCAAGAGGAACCUAUAGAUGGUCAUUCCAUUGAUGUUGAGGCCAGUCUUGAUCUUAUGGGGACAAUGGAACAAGACCUUCAAAAGGAGGUAGGAAAUGCUGAUUUAGUCAUGAUUGAUGACCAAGAGAAGGAUCUUGAGAAAGAAACUGAGAUGGGAACCAAGGAAAAAGAUGGUGAUGAGGAGGCUAAAUCUGAGAAGCCUAAGAAGAAAAAAAGAUCAAAGAAAGGCAACACUCCGACUAAAGUAGAUGCUCUAGUUGCUAACAACGUUGUACUUUGGUUAUAUUAAUUUCGAAGUAAAUAUAUGAUAUUAUUGAUAACCAUUUUUACUUACAGAUCUAUAUGUUUUACAUGCAAAGUUAUUCAAUGAUUUGGAAAAUAAAACAUGUAUUAGUAUUUGUCAAAUUUAUAAAACUAGGUUCGACUGGAUACAACUAAGAACAUAUCUGUAUUUGAAUUC